AUGCACGGUCGUCCAAAGCUCGCUGCUCGAAAGAGCCCGUCCCCAGACAAUCGUGAAAGAAAACGCCCGCGGUUAUUCAAGUCACCACAGCCCGGUUUCCCAAGUCGUGAUGUGACCCCUAGCCCAAAGACUCCCGAGGUGAAGCAGGAUCAUGAGGCUCAAGAGGCCUCUACGGGCAUUUUCCGCACUCCUCCGACUCCCGUGGAUGUCCAGUAUCAACCGGCUGGCCCAAGCCCAGAUGUGCGUUCACGACCCUUUAGCUCGGAAGAUUUGGGAUUCCUCUCUUGGUUUGGAUUGUUUCUGACCCCAUUCGACAGGCCGACAAGCUUCUGGGCUAUUCCCCUUCCCCAGUCGACACCACGCGCCGACCUCCUGCCCAGCAUUCAACAUGACAGAAGCUUCCUUCACAAGUUCCUACGAUCCCCUGGCGCUCCUUGGUCGUGUCAAUGUUCCUCCGGCCACCACCAGCCAGCCUGGCCAGCCUGGCCAGCCCAGCCAAGCUCGUCAGGAGCCCACAACGCCUACUCCGACCCCCGCCCGCGACAAAGCCCAUACGAAACUCCUUGGAAGAAACUCACCGUUACGACCGUCGACUUCGAAGAACUGUCCGCGCACACUGCCAAGUGUGAUCUGUGUGAUCGUCGAAACACAGAGGGCAUGUGGCGAUGCACGCCUUGCGGAUGGCAGUGUUGCCGUCGAUGCCUCGCUGAACGAGGUGGAGACCGCUCGCAUCCUAAGGCUGGCACCAUACAUUAUCCUCGGGACAUGGUCCAGAUGUCGUCCCUUGCGAAGCCAAACGAGGGUCCUUCCAGUACCGCUGCCUCCGCCUCACGCAGACGAGUUCGCCCGUCUCGUGCCUCUCGAGGGACGCCCAACGUGUCGGCGGAUGAACAGGCGGCCCGACUCCUCAGUACCAUGAGAGAGGAUUACCAGGAUCGUCGCAGACAAUUGCCAACCCCAGCUGCUAAUGAGUCGAAUGAUGCUGCUGCACCGCAGCGGGCGGCUGGCACGGAUGGUGAGAUGGGCGUGAAUGGGGCACAGGGUCUGCAGGAUUUCAAGAUGCACAUGGACCUGGACAAUCUUCCGGACCAUCUCGUCAAUGUACGUCGCAACCCAUCGCGCAGAGCGAGACCGGCCGAUCUGAAGGAGUGA